GUCCAAAAAGGAAGUGUGUCAAAACGGAAGAUCCGAACAACCCACCUCUUUCUUCUCUCUCCUGCUAUAAACUAGUGGAGUUUAGUACUAUUCCAUAUCUUGUCUCUCUCUGCAGAAUCAGUAAAAACAAUACACUACAACACUCCAAACAGAGAAACAAAGAAUCCCUUUCUUGUUUUGUUCAUAGCUUUUUUGAUUUUUCAUUUUGUAGCUGAUGAUGCUCUGUUUUUUGUAGUAGCAAAAAUGGUUGUCAUUUAGAGAGUAUCAGAAUACCAAAAAGGGUAGGAGGAGAAGAGAAAAAGGAGCGUUCUUUGUUAUAAUCAUGGCUGUGGUUGAGAAUGCUGCUAUUAACGUUGUUGUUUCAUCGAAUCCCAGAAGAAUUGUACAGAAGGAUGUUGUUGUUGAUCAUCAGUCAGUGAAAACGAAACAGAACAAUGAUGUGCAGAGGUCGAAGGUUUCCAGCGAUCAGAAUUUUGAAAUUAUGUCUGUUAAUCAGCAGGAGCAGGAAGAACCCCAGAAGGAGAAUGGAAUUCAGCAGAAAGAGGAAAGCGUGAAUGGUAAUGGAGUAUUGGAUAGUCAUAGUAUUCAGCAUCAGAAAAUGAACGGUGUUGAUGGUGGUGAUGAAGGGUUUAAGAAGGAGAUGAGGGAUUUGGAGGAAAUGCUUUCCAAAUUGAAUCCCAUGGCUGAAGAGUUUGUGCCUCUUUCAAUGGCUAACAACAACAUGCUAGUGCCAUAUACACCCGGCGCAGUGUAUUUUGGCUUUGAUGCUAACAAUUUUCUAAUGCAGACUGAGGCCAAUGGAAAUUCCAACAGAAGGAAGAAAAAUGGCUACGGUCAUGGAAGGAGAAGGAUGAAUACCCGAACAGGCAUGGCCCAAAGGGAAGAUGUUAUAAGGAGGACGGUUUAUGUAUCCGACAUUGAUCAUCAGGUGACUGAAGAGCAGCUCGCAUCACUUUUUCUUGAUUGCGGACAGGUUGUUGACUGUCGUAUAUGUGGUGACACCAAUUCUGUACUUCGAUUCGCCUUUAUUGAGUUUACAGAUGAAGAAGGUGCAAAGAGUGCUCUGAGUCUUGCAGGAACUAUCCUUGGGGGUUAUCCUGUGAGAGUGCUUCCUUCUAAAACUGCGAUUGCACCGGUUAAUCCAACCUUUCUUCCUAGGUCUGAAGAUGAAAGAGAGAUGUGUGCUAGAACUGUGUACUGUACAAAUAUUGAUAAGAAGGUAUUUUGGGUUUACAAUUUCACUUUUUUGAUGGACUUCAAUGAAGAAAAUAUUUACUACUUGUAUGUUUGUAUGAAGCAGAUUACUCAAGCAGAUGUCAAGCUGUUUUUUGAGUCCUUAUGUGGAGAGGUUCAUCGCUUGAGGUUGCUUGGUGACUAUCAUCAUUCGACUCGUAUCGCUUUUGUUGAGUUUGUCAUGGCAGAGAGCGCAAUUAUAGCACUGAACUGCAGUGGUGCAUUCCUGGGAUCACUUCCCAUAAGGGUAAGCCCAUCAAAGACUCCUGUGCGUCCGCGUUUUACUCGUUAAGCAGUGCUCUGAUCAAUCACUGUGGCAUUGCUUUUCAGUUGGUCUUUUGCUUAUAAGCAUAUCUAAAUAUAUACUACAUAUAGUAUUAGAGUACUUUUCUGGCAUUUUUCAUUUAGUUUUCAGUACUAAAUCUCUGCUGAGAAUCUCUAAUUCGCGGGGUACUAGUUAUCAAGCUUAUAGAGUUGGGCUGGUUUAUAGUAGAUUUAUUAAUUUAAGUUGGUGUAUUAUGUUUCUAUAGACACUGCCUGAGUACCAAAACUAGAUGGAUGUUCUUAAUUUACAGUUAUAUUUAUCAGUAACUUUGUUGAAAUUCGA